GCAAACAAUGCAUGCCAUGAGACAAUUGAAGAUGCGAUGGCUACAUUUGCAGCCGAUGCACCUAUUGAAAUGACAUUGGUGCAGUCCAUAUCAUUGGCAAACACGAUAAAAAAUAGCGCCACACAACUUGUCUUUGACAUAAACGCGUGUGCCGAUGUGGUUGUGUCGUGCAAUCCGGAACUGGCGGGCAUGGAGGCUUUCGAUUUAAGGGGUCCAGAUCCGGAUACCAGCCCAAAUAUCAACUCGGUUAAGUUUGAGGGGUUCACAGUAGAUUCGUGUACCGGCCGGGGGAUAGAAAUACAUGCCACAACUUCGACUGUAAACGAUAUGACAGUUACCAAUUGCGGAAGUACAUCGGCCGAACAGUCUGGUGCCGGUAUCUCGAUAGAUGGCGCUUCUACCUACGUUUCAAAUAGUCGCUUCAUCAACAAUACUCUGAACUACAACGUCGCCACUGCGUUCGGCGGUGGCUUAUACAUGGGAUCUAUGGAAAACGCCACAGUUACUGGAUGUUACUUUGAAAACAAUGAGGCUUCUUCUGGCGGUGCCCUAUGCGGUGACUCAACCUACCUAGUUGAGAACUCAACUUUUGUAAACAAUAGAUGCUUCAAGAACGGAUGUGCCCUUCUUGCACAAGUUAGGUUAGAGGUUGUUAACUCGACGCUUGAUGGCAACUCACAAGUUGACGCUCCAGGUGUCUCUCUCGGGGCCGGAAUUUUCAGCCGUGGUGAUCUGACGAUACGUGAUUCGGUUAUGACUAAUCACUUUGGUGGCGUUGGAGGCUGCUUUUUCAUCAACGACGAUACGUCCGUCGGAAGGUUUUACAAUACAGUAUUUGACAGUAACAUGGCAGUCGAGUUGGCCGGCGUGGGUAAUUCUAAUGGAGCGCUUGAGUUCUACAACUGUACCAUGACCAAUAACUUCUGUGAUUUCUCGUCCGCUGUGUACUCUCAGGCUGACGUGUCUCUUGAGGACUGUACUGUGAGUGACAAUACCGGAAUCAUCAUGGGUGCUGUGACGGCCGAUCUGGGUGUACUGACUGUCGACAGAUGUCUGUUCGAGAACAACAUAGCCUCUGAGGCAGCCGCUUUGAAUACCUACAACUCAGGCAUGUUCAUAAGAAACUCUACAUUCCGAAACAAUAAAGCUCUAGUUGAUUGGUGGGAGUGGGAGGAUUUACUCAAGGAUCCCUCUGGCCUUCAACCCGGAAAGUCGGGCGUAUUCUCAUCCGUAGGCAAAGCUGAGAUUGAAAACUGUCUGUUUGAAAACAACGAGGCAGAGUUCGAUGGUGGGGUCGCCAGAGCCAAUACUGUGGUAAUGACAAAUGUCACGGCGCGUAAUAACAGGGCCGGUCAAUCAGGGGGUGUCAUCAUGACGUUUGAGAAGGGCGAGGUCAUUACUGUACGUGAUUCGUUUAUCGUUGAUAACUCUGCCACAACUGGGGGUGCGUUCUACUCGGCUUUUUCAAAUGUUGUCAUUGAGAAUUCACAGGUGGUUGGGAACUCUGCCGUGCUCGAGGGUGGGGCUGUGUGGGCAUCUCAAUCGGCCACGGUCACUAACAGCACCUUCAGUUGUAACCAGGCCAAGACUGGGGCGGCUGUGACGGUCAAGGGUGUGGUGGUUGAGGUGGUUCCUGAGGACUAUCAGCUCACGUUCAUGAACAAUGCGGGUAAGACGUGCACUGCCUUGUUUGUAGGAGAUGGACUCAUAUGCAUUGAGAAUAUCGCCAACACGUGUGAGUGCGAGUGGGCGCAGCAGCACAUCGAGGACUCGUGUGGCGCAAAUGGGGUGUGUCAAAGCACCGACUCGGGUGCCAUCUCCUGUGACUGUGGUGAGGGUGAGUUCUAUAACGGAGAGAUGUGCCUGGAGUGCAGUACAUGUGGGCUGGCUGCGAGCGAUGCUACUAACGGCACGUGUACGGCGACAAGGGAUACGCUAUGCGUCUGUGACAGUGGGUUCACGGGGCCCACCUGUGAUACGCCUUGCCAGUUGCCCGCAAACUGCACAGAGGGGGAUGCUAGCACCUGUGAGUUCGAUAAGACUAAUUUUGGAUACAAGGCUAUCUGCACCACGUGUGACGAAGGAUUCUUCUUGAACGAGGACCAGAGCUGUAUUAGGUGCGCCACGUGUGGUGAUGAAGGAGUACCCGCAGAAGGCGGCGAGUGCUCUGUCACCACCAACACUGUGUGUACCUGUCCUUUGGGAAAAACUGGGCUGGAUUGCCUAGAAGAGUGUAUAAUCCCCGUGGGUUGUACGUCCGUGCUCACAGCUACUGCAUCGAAAUGCCAGUUCUCAAUCGACAACUUUUCCCAAGGCAUUGAAUGUCUGAACUGUGCCAAGGACUACUAUUUGGACGCUGACAUCAAGCAGUGUGUACCCAUUACAGUAUGUGACGAAGAGAGCUAUAUUUCCAAGGCUUCUACCGAGAACAGUGAUCGCGAGUGUACACCCUAUACGGUGUGUGCCGCGGACGAGUACGAGUCUGUUGAACCAAAAGCACGCGAGGAUCGUGUGUGUACGAGCUGCUCGUCUACCGAGUUCUGCACAACAGUUACGUCCCAAUGCUCGGCCACUUCUGAUGCGGUGUGUUCGUCCUGUCAGUCGGGAAAAAUUGGACAGGCAUGCCAGGGCAAUUCCGUAGUGCUAACCGUAGACGCCGACGCUGAUACUUGGAGUGACGAAGACGGCGAACAGCUUGCCAUAGAUACGGCAUUGAGUCUUGGCGUACCCAUAGGGGAUGUGGUGUAUCUGGGCUUUACACCCGGCAGUGUGAAUGCGGAGAUGCAGUUCACGGAUGCGGCGAGUGCCAGCUUGGACAAUACACUAGCGAAUGGAGGGCAACUGCCAGUCGACGUCACUAGCGUGCAGCAGGCCGAUGGCGAGCCAGUGGCAGUGGGAUCUGAGGGCAGCUCCUUGUCAACAGGCUUAAUCGUAGCCAUUGUGCUUGUCUCAUUGUUCGCACUUGCGGCCGUAUGCGCGGCCGUCUAUUUCGUCUGGAGUCGUUCUCGCAUCAUUGAGCAACAAAGACAGAAGACGGUGGAUGAGAUUGUCACCGAUAUCCGCAAGCAGUAUAAAUGGCUCGAUCACAACGACCCAACCGCUCAGACUAAAUUGGACAGUGUUGGACGUGAGGCUGGAUGGCUACCUCGCAAUCAGUUCGCUCUACUGGAUGUUCUCGGCAAGGGAGCCUUCGGACAAGUGUGCCGAGGCGUGGUCUUUGUCGAAGGCACCGCCGUUGUGUGUGCCAUCAAACAGUUGCUGCAGAAUGGCGAUGAGGCUGAGUUCCAGAAGGCGUCAGACGAUUUCCUCAGAGAGGCUCAGCUGCUCAAAGGCCUGGACCAUCGCAAUGUCGUGCGAAUGAUUGGUGUCAGUAUGGACGAGGAAAUGGAGGGAAUGGACGAAGCACCGUCCAUUUACAUGCUCCUAGAGUAUAUGGAUCUGGGUGAUCUGAAGGGCUACAUGCAGAAGAGGGGUGAGAAUAUUGAUAUCGGCGAACGCCUGUGGUUCACGCGAGAAGUUUCAGCAGGAUUUGCUUACCUGGCUACCAUUCCUGUUGUGCAUCGUGAUAUCGCUGCUCGUAAUGUGCUGCUCAGAACUAACCCUCACGAAGGAGGGUAUCCUUACGCAAAGAUUUCCGAUAUGGGUCUGGCUCGUCUUACUGCGGGAAGUCAGCAGAACUACGUCAAGCAGAGUGAAGGAGGUAUUUUACCUGUGCGGUGGAUGGCACCCGAGACACUGUCUGCAAACGGAGUGUACACAGAGGCCUCCGAUGUAUGGGGGUUUGCUGUAUGUGUGUGGGAAGUCUUCGCGGACGGUGCUAUUCCGUAUGACUUCUGUGAUAAUGCAGAGUUUAUAGCUAUCCAGAGGCACGCAUCCCUGCGACUCAACAAACCAGACACAUGUCCAGAUCAUGCCUAUGAUACCAUGCUUAGGUGUUGGCAAACACAGUCAGAGGAUCGUCCGAAGUUCAGCGAAUUGGCCGAGAUUUUCGAUCGUCUUUUCUUCGAGCAAUGUCCGAACUAUAAAGACGUCGAAGAAUUCGAUGAGAAUUCGGAAGAUGGUUCACAUAUGGAUGAGGUCAGCGAGUUCAAUCAUAAAUCAACGAAAGACAAGGAGAAAUUACCUGCCGCAUCAUCUGCCUAUUCGGAACUUACCGCCCCUAACGCACUAGACGUGACUAUCGAUAUUAACGAACGCAACAACUACGAUAGUGUUGAACCUUCAAAGGGUAAUAGCAAUGCCCAGGAUGCCGCAGAUAGAAGUAAUUAUGAUACCCUUGACAGUUCUCCGGCGAGUGGCAAAGCUGCCAAAAAAACCCUUAAGGUGACGGCCCAUGAUCUUUACGUAGAGGUUCAACAAGCGUCAGUUGAAAGUCCGGUCACGAUCGAUAGUGCCACCCCGAUUGACAGCAGCGUGAAUUUGGUGACUGGUGAACAUACCGUCUAGUCAUUUUAUUAUACUAAUUAUAAUCUAUAAUUUACGCCGGAUCAGAAGCCAUAAUUUAAUAGAUCUUUUGGUCAUGUCGGAUCCGAGGCCAUAAUUUAGAAGCUUUUCAAAUGGUUCAGACUUUCAUACAGGUUACAAAAUCUUCACAUUCACAGUAACAUGUACGCAUGCGCUGGCCUCAGACUGCACUGUAUAUCGUGCUUGUGCCUGAAUAAUUAGUACCCUAGCAGAGUAUCGGCGGUUAUGUUGAGAGUGGUAUGCUAACAGCAAAUUGGGUGGCGUGCAACACAGCUUCGUUUAAUAUACGAGAUAUCCUGCUGGAACCCAGCACAAAUCAGGAAAAAACUGAAUCUGCUGACUUCUUUACAGCAAUAUGUCAACGAGGUACAAAUAAUUUUGAACAUCUAAAGAUAGCUGCUGUCUUGUAAACAAUAGUCGAUUGUAGUAAAAGUCGACGGAUACCAAUAAAACGGGAAUACUAAUUGAUCGAAUUUACG